CACCCAACAUAACUAGAGUGGCAGCUGACUCUCAGCACGGCAACUUCCUUAAAUUGUGUGAGGAGAAUACUUCUUGUUCCACUAAUUAUUUAAAAAACGAUGGCAUCGGCAGUGCCCUUUGAUGAUCAGCGUGACGCAGCAGAGGAUGAAUUUGGGGAUAUUAUCAAAACUCGCACAGAUGAGCGAGAGGAUGUCCAGAAGAAAACAUUCUCAAAAUGGAUAAAUUCUCAGUUCUCCAAGGCGGGCAAAGCACCUAUUGAAGACUUAUUCACUGACCUUUGUGAUGGACGUCGCCUGCUAGAACUUUUAGAGGGACUGACAAAACAUGAACUGGUGAAGGAAAAGGGGUUCACAAGAGUGCACUCUCUUAAUAAUGUGAACCGUGCACUUCAGAUUUUGCAGAAGAACAAUGUUGAACUGGUAAAUAUAGGUGGCGCUGACAUUGUUGAUGGCAAUCACAAGCUUAUACUUGGUCUCAUCUGGAGCAUCAUCCUCCACUGGCAGGUCAAAGGUGUGUUGAAAGAUCUCAUGGCAGGACUGCAGCAGACCAGCAGUGAGAAGAUCCUACUGAGCUGGGUUCGACAAUCCACCAAACCAUACCCGCAGGUCAACGUGGUCAACUUCUCCAGCAGUUGGGAAGAUGGCCUUGCCUUCAACGCUCUCAUACAUAGUCACAGGCCUGAGCUAUUUGAGUGGCGAGUGGUUGAAGAGAAGAGCUCAGCGCUGGAGAGGCUGGAGCAUGCCUUCAGUACGGCAGAGAAACAUCUGGGAAUUGACAGACUUCUGGAUCCAGAGGACGUGGCAACUGCCCAUCCUGAUAAGAAGUCGAUCAUCAUGUAUGUCACUUCCAUGUUCCAAGUGUUACCACAUCUUCUUACUAUGGAAGCCAUUCAGGAGGUUGAUACUCUAUCGGCCUCACGUGUGACACAAGAGGAGCUCAUCCAGAGUCGCAUUCAGCAUCAUUACUCUCAACAGAUCACAGUGAAUGUGUCACAGGGGCGUGUUCGCAGCCCGUCCCCCUCAGCUAGGUCUCAAAGUUAUAAAAGUUAUGCCUUCACACAAUCUUCACUUAUCCAGUCACCUGAGCAAAAGAAGAGGCACACCCAGGUGGUGAGUACUGUUGGGUUGGAGGCCUACCAGAGCGCCCUGGAGGAGGUGCUGACGUGGCUUCUGUCUGCAGAGGACGGCCUGCAGUCACAGCCCCCUAUUUCCACCUGUGUGGAGGAGGUCAAAGAGCAGUUUCAUACACAUGAGGGCUAUAUGAUUGAGUUGACAUCUCAUCAAGGCAAUGUUGGACACGUGCUUCAAAUGGGAGGACAGAUCAUAGCAGAAGGCGCUCUAAGUGAAGAGGAGGAGCGAGAGGUCCGAGAACAGAUGAACCUCUUGAACUCCCGAUGGGAACAUCUGAGAGUCAGCAGCAUGGAGCGCCAGAGCAGGCUUCAUGAAGUCUUGAUGGAUCUUCAACAUCAGCAGCUGAAGCAACUCAGUGAUUGGUUGGAGCUCACUGAGGGUCGGAUUAAAAAAAUGAUGACGCAGCCUCUUGGACCCGACUUGGAAAAUAUUAAACAACAAAUAGAAGAGCACAAGCUUCUCCAGGAGGAUCUUGAAAUGGAACAAGUAAAAGUAAACUCUCUUACACAUAUGGUGGUUGUUGUGGAUGAGACGAGUGGAGACCAUGCUACUGCUGCCUUGGAGAAGAAUCUGAAGGAUCUUGGGGACCGCUGGGCUGCCAUCUGUAAAUGGACUGAAGAGCGUUGGCUACUCCUGCAGGACGUGGUGCUGAGGUGGCAGGAUUACACAGAGCAACUGAGCGAGUUUGAAAGGUGGUUGACACAGAAGGAACAACAGGCCACUAAAUAUGGACUGUCCGACCCAAACAGUGAUAAAGCAACACGACUGAGAAACUAUGCUCUGUUGAAAGCAGAAAUGGAAAUGAAACAGCACUCUCUGGACCAUCUGCGAUCACUGAGCCAGAGUUUAAUCAGCAGUGUGAAGAGUAAAGAGGUAUCCCAGAAGUUGGAGGGACGGAUGGAAGAUCUAAAGCAACGCUGGGACAACCUUCUGCAGCUGCUUGAGAAAAGCACUACACUGGUUGUGCCAUCCGUUUCCUCGACAACAACCAUCACCACAUCACAGACAGAGUUACGGCAAACCGUGAUGGCUUCUGUAACGAAAGUGACGACUCGUGAAAAGGUCAUGAUAAAAGGUGCAAAAGACAAGCUGCCCUCGUCUCCCCCCCAGAAGAAAAGGCAGAUUGUGGUUGAUGCUGAACUGCAGAAACGCUUUGACAUGGACUUCACUGAGAUUCACAGCUUCAUCACUCGCGGUGAGGCCAUUCUCAAAAGCCCAGAGUUCUCUGUGUCUCGCAAAGAGGGAAAUCUGCAAGAUCUUCAAGAUAAAGUUCGGGCAAUCGAGCGAGAGAGACCAGAUAAGUUCCGGAAGCUCCAAGAAGCCACGCGCUCAGCCCAGGCUCUCAUGGAUCAGCACGAUGGAGGUGGCCCCAUCACUGAGAAUAUAUAUACGGCUGCUCAACAGCUAAGCAGUCGCUGGGAGGACUUCUGUGUCCUGCUUGUCGAACGCCUGACCUGGCUGGACUAUCAGAGCCGCAUCCUGGCCUUCUACAACUUGUAUCAGCAACUGGAGCUGAGUGUGAACGGGGCAGAAAACUGGAUCAAACUGACACCCCUCCCCCCCAGUGAGCCUGAGCCAAUCCGAAACCAGCUGGAGCGCUGCAGGGAUGAGAUUUCCCGUCUCGUGGUCUUGGAGCCAACUCUGGGUCAGCUGGAGAGCCAGUUGAGUGAGCUGAAGGACUCUGGAAUGGACACAGACCAUCCUGCCUUCUAUGAGACCGAUAUCCCAAGCUUAACUGAGCACUAUUAUAAAGUGCUUGAUGAUCUGCGGAAACGUGAAGCGCAGUUAAUUUUGGUCCAGGAGAGUUUGCCGCCAGCACGCUACAAGGAGACGAUUGCAACAUUGCUGGCUUGGCUGCAGCAGUGUGAGGCUAAGCUGGCUACGCCAUCAACUGCUGUCACAGAGCUUCCAAUCAUGGAGCAGCGACUCAAAGACAUACAGGAUCUGAAGAGCACUUUACAGGAUCAUCAGGGUGAGGUGGACUAUCUUCAGUCUACAGUGGAACAAGUGUUUAAGAAAGCUCCCCCGGAGAUGUGCCAACGUUAUCGGACUGAGAUGGAUGCGAUCAUGACUCGCUGGAAAUCCCUGACUACUCAGAUGGAUGAAAAUUCAAGCAAGAUACAGGAGCACAUUAACCAGCUGUCACAAUUCCAGAAUGACGUUUCAACAUUGUGCAAAUGGAUGGCUGAUGUGGAGGUGUUCUUGAAUGAAGAAUGGCCAGCGUUGGGAGACACAGAGGCUCUGGAGAAGCAGCUAGAACAAUGCACUGCAUUGGUAAAUGACAUUCACACCAUCCAGCCAAGUGUGAAUGGCAUUAAUGAAGUGGGCCAGGCCUUGAUAAAGGAGGCCGAAAUUCCAUUUGGCAUAAAACUGAAGGAAGAACUGGAUCGUUUGAAUGCCCAGUGGGAUAACAUUUGUAAACAGGCAUAUGCAAAGAAAUCUGCUCUGAAAGGGGGCCUGGAUAAGACGGUUAGCUUGAGGAAGGAGAUGCAGGAGAUGCAAGAGUGGAUCACACAAGCAGAAGAGGACUAUCUGGAGAGGGACUUUCAGUACAAGAACCCAGAUGAAUUACACAAGGGUGUUGAAGAGCUGAAGAGAGCACAAGAGGAAGUGAAUCAGAAAGAACAGAAGGUCAACCUGCUGACAGAGGCGGUGAACAACUUUAUUGCCAAGGCUCCCCCCGCGGCUCACGACUCCUUGAAGGCGGAGCUAGACGUCCUCACAGGAAACUACCAGCAUCUGUGCAGUCGGCUCAAUGGCAAAUGCAAAACUCUGCAGGAAGUCUGGGCGUGCUGGUGUGAGCUUCUGGCGUACCUACAGCAGGAGAACAGCUGGCUGGAUGAGUUGGAGAAGAAACUGGAUGAGACCGAGAACAUGGAAGGAGGACUGGAAGAGUUUACAGAGGCCUUGGAGGGUCUGGAGUUAUUUGUGCGUGAACACCCAGAAGAGGGGCGCACACAAAUCCAGGAGCUGUCUCAAACUCUAAUUGAUGGUGGUGUGAUGGAUGAGCUCAUCGCACACAAACUGGAGGAUUUCAACACUCGAUGGGAUGAGCUGAUGCAAAGAACGGUACAACGACAGCAGGAACUUGAGCGACGUAUUCAGUGGAUCCAGGAAAAUGAUAAGGAUCUGCAAAGAAUCAACGAUGCACUUAAUGAAACGGAUCGACAAAUUACUGGCUACCUUAAUGAUCACAUCGAUGCAGCGCAGGUCCCACAGGAAGCUCAGAAAAUCCAGACCGACUUAGCAGACCAUGAGGGGAACCUGAAUGACAUGAAGGACCGACUGAAAGAUGCCGAGUUUGCUGACACCAUCAAGGGUCAUCUUGAUGCCACAUUUGAUAAGCUGUAUGAGGUAAACGCAAAAUUUAGGUUGUUCCAGAAGCCAGCAAACUUUGACCAGAGACUCCGGGAGUGUGAGGCCAUUCUUGCGCAGGUGAAGGCGCAGUGUGGCGCUCUGGCACCCCGCAGUAUUGAGCAGGACGUACUUCAAACACAACUUGACGACUGCAUGAAACUGUAUAAAAGUUUGAGCGAGGUAAAGGGUGAGAUUGAAGCGGUCAUCAAGAUUGGAAGGCAAAUUGUGCAGCGACAACAGACAGACAACCCCAAAGAACUUGAUGAUCGCCUUACAGCACUCAAGCUGCUGUACAAUCAGCUGGGUGCACAGGUAACAGAAGGAAAGCAAGAGCUCGAGAGAAGUCUGAAGUUGUCACGGAAAUUGCACAAGGAGUUGAACUCUCUGACAGAAUGGCUUGCAGCUACAGAUGCCGAGUUGACACAUCGUUCGGCUGUAGGAGGAAUGCCUAAAGAUCUGGAAGCUGAAUUAAUUUGGGCAAAGGCAACCCAGAAAGAGACAGAGAAGAAGCAACCACAGCUGGCUGUUGUGAGAGAGUUGGCUGAAUCUCUAAAGGCUGUGUUGAAAGGUCAAGAAUCUCUGGUUGAGGAUAAGGUCAGCCUCCUGAAUUGUAACUGGAUCGCGGUCACGUCCCGUAAUGAGGAAUGGUUGAACCUGCUGCAGGACUACCAGAGACAAAUGGCUAUACUUGAGGGAAACAUGAAAGAGAUAACUGCUUGGAUGGACAAAGCUGAAAACCAAAUGGAUGCGGCAGAGGCGAAGGGGGGUGAUGGACAACUGUUCACGACAUUGCAUAUGGAACUGCAAGACGUGCGUCGGAAAGUAGAGAUUUUGAAUGACCUUGCAGAGGACCUCAUCAAAAACCAUGGCGAACAUUGUCAAGCCAUCGUGCAACCCAAAGUUGUUCAACUAAAUCAACGAUUUGAAGCAGUCGCAAAAAGAAUUGCUGAUGGACAGGUAUCUGCAGAGGAACUGGAGAAGUACCAUAGCGAGGCACUUUUAUGGAUCAACAUGUUGGGAGAAGAAGUGGAAUGUGGUGAAGAGCUAAAAGAAGAGGAUUUUCAGGAGGAUAGGGAUUGUGAGGAAGGGGCAGUGCAGGAACUUCUUCAGAGAGGCCAACAAUUACAGAGAAGACUUGCAGAUCAGGACCGCAGAGAAGCAGUCUGUAACAAACACAACCAGCUCAGCAACAAAUAUGAUGUUGUAAAGGAGCUUCGAUUGUCGAGGAAGCGCAAAGCUCUGGCCAUUGCUCCUCAGUGGUACCAAUUCCGCAGGAAAUCAGGUGACCUCCUCAAGUGGUUGGAAGACAUUGAGAGAAAGAUAGACCAAUUUCCUGAUGCACCUGAAGCGCCACCAUUGAAGGAAGUUGCCGGUGAAAUGGAUCAGAAACGGAUGGAUCUAGGUGAAGUCUGUGAGCUGGGAAAUAUGCUGUCAAAAGCCGGUGCAGGCAAGCUUGUGGAACCCAAUCUCCUCCAGCUCAACAGACGCUGGAAGGAAGUGGACUUUAAAUUUGCCCCAUUCCAUCGCCAGAUUGAAUUUCAUGAUUUGCUACAGAAAAUUGCAGAGGCAGAAGCCAUGCUGAAUACCCCAGAAUGUUGGAAGGGAAUGUUCUACCACCUGCCAGAACAGGAGAAGUGUCUCAAGGAAGUCAAGCUUAAUCUAAAUAACCUGGAGGGUCCUGUGACGGUGGCUUUAGAGAGACGAGGAGUGGAUAUGAACACUGUCAGUCCACAUGAAAAUCACCUUCACCAUCUUCUCUCUGUCAAUUGGGAUAACCUCACAAAAUUGUACCAAGAAAGACUGGUGUGUUUUGAGUCUGCAACAAUGAAAUGGCAACUCUAUAGUAAAGAACUGAAGAUUAUGGAUGAUUGGCUAACUGAUGCUGAGCAAACACUGAUGGAUGCUGAAACUGAACUCACCCCCCAAACAAUGAAUAAAAUCAAGUUACUAGAGGCUGAUGUGCCAGGCAAGCGAGAGGCGAUGGUGUCCCUUUCUGCCCUGGGAGGUGAGAUCAUAGGCCAGAGCCACCCAGAGGACUCGAUGUGCAUACAACAACAGCUGAACGACAUUAAUGUGCGCUGGGACAGUAUCAACUUCAAGCUUGAUGAAAAGAGAAAAUCAACAGACCUCCAGGACAACAUUGCAGCGAUUCAGAGGGAUCUUGGAGGCUUCCUGUCUUGGUUAGACAAAGCAGAAGAAAUUCUGGGUGAACCUCUUAACCCAGGAGACCGUGAGCAGCUUUUCGCUCUUUUGCAUAAAACCAAGGGAUGUGUGAAUGAUCUACCUGAAAUGAAAGCAUCACUUAAGGAUAUUAACCAGAGAGUGUCCGUGCUACCUGACAACCAUAGACCAGCUGAAUUGAACCAUGUGCUGUCACGCUUCAAUCAGGUGUCUGUAUCUCUGCCGGAGCGUGUUCUGGAGAUCGAGAGGCUGCUACAGGAGCUCGGUGUCUAUCAUGGGCAGCUGAAUGAUCUCUCACUGUGGGCCUCGAAGACACGAACAACUCUAGAAAGCAGCCCUGAUGCUGUAGACCCCAGGAUUGAGGAUGACGUGAGAAAGAAGUCGCCUGAAGUUAAGACCUGUUUGGCUCAUCCUCGGCCCACACAGGAGCCAGAGCAGCAACAAUAUGAUGGCCUUGCCAAUGACUGGAAUUCUAUUCAAAUGCUACUAAAUGACUGGAGAGAUAAGUGUGUGGAUUUGGCAAGUCAGAAUUUGGGAAGUGCCCAGCCAGACACGACAACUUUUGACCAAUUUAAUCAAGCCUUGGCAGAACUUUCUGGCUGGUUGGCGGAUCUUGAUCAUAUGGUGCAGAGCAACAGAGUCUUUGUGGGUGACCCAGAUGAUAUUAAUGCAAUGAUUUUGAAACAGAAGGGGAACUUAGAGACGCUGGAGAAUAGAAGGCAUCAGUUGGAUGCACAAGUCACUGCAGCUCAGAACCUUAAGAACAAAACUACCUCUCAAGACACACGCAGUGCCAUCACAGAUCAGAUUGAAAAGUUGCAGAUCCAAUGGGAAGACUCACAUCGCCGUUUGACUGAGAGAAUCCAGGAGCUGCAAAAGAUGUCAGAAGACUCUGUCGUGUGGCUUAAUGCCAAGAAUGGAGUGGAGCUUCAUCUGAAGAAAGCACAAGAAACUAUUAAGAACUGGAAAGAAAUCUGUUACACUGUGGAUUUGCUUAAGAUCCAAAACAACGACCUCAAGCUAUUUAUCAAGGCCUUACAGCAGUGGCAGCCAAAGGUGGACGAGACCAAUCGUCUUGCUCAAAAGCUCAUCACUCUCUACACUAAUGAUGACACUUCAAAAGUCAAACAGCUGACUGAGGACCUCAACGUGAAUCUUGCCAGCAUAAACAAGCGUCUCGGCGACAGGGAGGCUGCUUUAGAGGCAGCACUGAGGUUUCUUCAGCAGUUCUAUCUGGAUCUGGAGCACUUCUUCAACUGGCUCACAGAGGCAGAGACGACAGCUAACGUCCUUCAAGAUGCUGCGUACAAAGAGCAGCAACAGUCUCCACCUCACCAUCUCCUGAAGCAGCUACAGGACUUGCAAGGGGAGGUGGAUGACCAUGCCGAACAGUUUCACAUCCUUAAUGAGAAUGGGCAGCGUAUCUUGGGCUCCGUGCAUAACCCUGAUGACGCUAUGGUGCUGCAGCGACGUCUAGAGAACAUGAACCAACGCUGGAACGAAUUGCGCUGCAAAGUCUUAAGCAUGGGGCCUUAUCUGGAUGUGAAUGUCCAAAAAUGGAAGCGUCUACACAUGACGCUACAAGAACUCUUAAUAUGGCUUCAACAGAAGCAAAAUCAGUUAAACCUAUUGAAACCAUUAGGCACCGAUGUCCCUACCCUCCAUCUGCAACAAAACAAGCUGCGAGAAUUAGACUUUGAAGUCCAGGAAAAAGAGCCCGUUGUGAUCUCCUCAUUGGAUACAGUCAAAUCUUUCCUGGCGGAGCAACCAGCCACAGAACCACAGCUAUCAGACUUGAUGGAGGUUUCGUCUGAGGAUCGAGCUCAGAAUGUCAGUCGUGUUCUCCAGAAGGAAACAGCGGACGUGGAGUCAGAGUGGGCCAGGCUCCAAGGAGCUUUGCUCGAUUGGCAACAGAUCCUGGACCAUUACUUGCACCGUUUGCUAGAGCUGUAUAAAGUGGAGGACCAAGUAGACAUUCAACUCAAGCAAGCAGAGGUGGGGAAAGCGUCAUGGAAACCUGUGACAGACCUGUCUAUACACUCAAUCCAAGAUGAGAUUGACAACAUAAAGGCAUGUCAAGAACAGGUUGGAGCAAUGCAGGGGGGUAUUGGUCUGGUUAAUGCUCUUGCAUCAAGCUUUGAACCCCCAUAUGUGCUCUCAGAAGUUGACCUUGAACGUGUAGACAACCUUAAUGCAAGAUGGAGACUACUGCAGAUAUCUAUUGAAGAACAUUUGACCCUGCUAACAGAUGCCCAAAGGGAAUUCAUUUCACGCUCUUCUGUGAGCAGCCCCACCACAACCAAACAAGAAAAAAAAACGGGACCUGAAGACAUUCUGACAGACCAUCAGACUCAAACAACAAGCUGGGAUCAUCCUCAGAUGACCGAACUGUACCAGUCCUUGGCGGACCUGAACAAUGUACGCUUCUCUGCCUAUAGAACAGCCAUGAAGCUGAGGCGCCUGCAGAAAGCCCUCUGCUUGGAUCUGCUAGGGAUGUCCACAGCAGUGGAAGCAUUUGAGCAACAAGGACUGAGGCAGAACGAGCAGCUUGUGGACGUGGUUCAGCUGGUCUCCUGCCUUACCAACAUCUACUCACGCCUGGAGAAACAGCACAGCACCUUGGUCAACGUACCCCUCUGUGUGGACAUGUGUCUUAAUUGGCUGCUCAACGUCUAUGACAUUGGCAGAAGUGGUAAGAUUAGGACCCUCUCGUUGAAGACUGGCAUCAUCUCCCUCUGUAAAGCACAUCUGGAGGAUAAAUAUAGAUUUCUCUUCAGACAAGUUGCAAGUGUAACAGGGUUCUGCGAUCAGAGGAGAUUGGGUCUUUUGCUCCAUGAUUGUAUUCAAAUUCCACGGCAACUAGGAGAGGUGGCAGCAUUUGGUGGCAGCAAUAUUGAACCCAGUGUCAGGAGCUGCUUUCAAUUUGCAAACAACAAGCCUGAGUUGGAGGCAGCCGUGUUUCUGGAUUGGAUGAGACUUGAGCCCCAGUCGAUGGUGUGGCUUCCUGUGCUGCACCGCGUAGCUGCGGCUGAGACAGCCAAACAUCAAGCAAAGUGCAACAUAUGCAAGGAGUGCCCCAUCAUUGGUUUUAGAUAUCGAAGCUUAAAACACUUCAAUUACGACAUCUGCCAAAGUUGUUUUUUCUCGGGAAGAGUAGCCAAGGGACACAAAAUGCAGUAUCCAAUGGUUGAGUACUGUACUCCGACUACAUCAGGAGAAGAUGUACGAGAUUUUGCUAAGGUACUGAAGAACAAGUUCAGGACGAAACGGUACUUUGCCAAGCAUCCGAGGAUGGGUUACCUCCCUGUACAAACUGUUCUGGAAGGGGAUAACAUGGAAACGCCCGUAACCCUCAUCAACAUUUGGCCGGUGGAGCAUGCUCUCACGUCCUCACCUCAACUCUCUCAUGAUGACACACACUCACGGAUUGAGCAUUACGCCAGCAGAUUAGCUGAAAUGGAAACCAGAAAUGGCACAUAUCUGACUGACAGCAUUUCCCCCAACGAGAGCAUGGAUGAUGAGCACCUCUUGAUCCAGCACUACUGCCAGAGCCUCAACACAGGCUCGUCCCCCUCUCAGCCUCGCAGCCCCGCACAGAUACUCAUUUCCAUGGAAACAGAGGAGAAGGGAGAGCUAGAGAGAGUUUUGAAUGAUUUGGAGCAAGAGAACAGGAAUCUACAAGCUGAGUAUGAUCGACUGAAGAAAGCUCACGACCGCCAAGGCCUCGGCCCACUGCCCUCGCCGCCCGAAAUGAUGCCAGUGUCGCCACAGAGCCCCCGUGAUGCCGAGCUCAUCGCUGAAGCCAAGCUGCUCCGUCAGCAUAAAGGUCGCCUUGAGGCUCGUAUGCAAAUUCUGGAGGACCACAACAAGCAGCUGGAGUCACAGUUACAUCGCCUCAGGCAGCUCUUGGAGCAGCCACAGACGGAGUCCAAGGUGAAUGGCACAGCCCUCUCCUCUCCCUCUACGUCUUCACAGCGGUCCGACUCCAGUCUCCCUCUCUUGCGUGUAGCGGCCAGUCAGACCACUGAUACUAUGGGUGAUGAAGAUUUAUCAAGUCCCACACAAGAUGCAAGUCUAGUGGACGUGAUGGAGCAACUUGGCUGUCCAUUUUCUAGUAACCAAGGUGGGCACCAGGUAAACCAGUGAGAGGUGUGCGUAUGGAAGUUUCAAGUAGCGGAUGAUGAGCUCAUGCAAUGGAGUACCUGGUCAAAACCCUUACAGAUGUGGCAACAGGCUGAUGUUGGUCUCGUAUGCAUGAUGUUUUUAGAUGAAAAAGGAUACGUUUACAUGAAAGAAAAAUCUAUGAAUAUAUUUUUGAAUAGUGUUAUUGGUUCCAGCACUUGUAGAUUUGAGUAGUUUCUUACAGUAAAUGGUUUUAUCAAAUAAAAGACAGGUUUUAAACUUCUAUGCAAUUGUCUCCAGAAUAUAUGUGAAUACAUGUACUGGCCAUUUCUUAAUAUUGAAACAUAAUUUCAAAAGUUUGUAUUGACUUAAGAGUGAUUGUAAACCUAAGGGUGCUUUAAGAACAGCAACUAUAAUUAACACAUCUCAUGCAUAUAAAAUGAUAAUGUUAUUUUAAAGGUAAUUUGUGAGUUCCACUGUGUUUCUGUUGAUACAGUAUAUUUACAAGGAUGUCCUUCAAAAAGAGAAAAUGUUUCUAUGAACUACUGAUAAAGUUAACAAUUCAUUAAAGUAGUUUAUUUAUUUUGUUACUUCAGGUGUAGUCAAUGUCCACUGGAAAUACUGUGCAAUGCAUGGAGGAAAAUUAAGCUGCAACUAAUAUGACUGUAUCCAAAUUAAAAGUUCACUUAUUUCACUGUUUGACUACUGGGUGGUAGGGCUAUUAAAUAACUGUUCUUGUUUAAUGAUUUAUGAUUGCUUACCACCUAUACAAAAACUUUUAUGAAAUUAGCUGCUGAAAUUGUAUAAUGGCACCAGCCACAAAUUGCAGCUAUCUUGUGCUAUGCAGACUGAACUGAUUCUAAAUAGUUUACACUAUCCAAAAUGUUUGUGAGGAAAGUUGCAGUAUUCCGUGAGAUAAUAAUCCCUGAUGAUCAUCAUGUAUAAAACAAUUUUGACUGAGAUUUCUGUUGGCGAAUAUUGGAAAACCAAAAGGAAAAGAAUAUUAUACAGAUUUUCAUUUGAUUUAGCAAUCCUAUAAAAGUCGGCGUUAAUAUUUUGUUUCAAUAAAGGUGUUUUGUCUGCAUUUUUACUUAAUUAAGACGUGAAAUCACUGGUGAGGGACAUAGAAGUAUUAACCUGAUUUUACAUUGUGUGAACCAUGGUACACUGCAUGUUUGAUAUUUUUUAAUUAAUUAUUUUUCAAUAACUUUUCACAUUUUGAAUUUCUUAACAUCAGACUUGCCUUACUGUUGUAUUAAUGCUUUACUGUGUAUCUCAAUAAAGCAUGACAUUAUGGCAUAUAA